AAUAAUAAUAAAAAGAAUUAUUGUGCCAAUCGAAUAGCGUAUAAAAGAUGAAAAUACACAUGAAUGUGAAGAAGUGACUGUUAUUUAGGGAGAGAGAAGGUGAGAGAGGACUUAGGUGGAGAGUGGGGGGGUAGUACGGUUACGGCUCAACUUACCCCACUCCUAUGGUCAACUUACCCCAUACACGGGGUAAGUUGACCAUAGGAGACAACUUUUUUUGGCAUGCUAUAUAAUCAAGACAGUUAUGUUUACACUCAUUCUGUUGGUUUGCAAGGAUAAACAACAUCUUGAAAUAUAUUCAGAUACACUAGUUAGAGUCAAAACUAUGAUUACCUUGAUGUAGUGAUCUGAAAUAUGAAAAAUGGCUCAUCAUACCCCACUCUCCCCUAUAGAGUAGGCUUAUAUAAAUUAACUUUUUAGAAAAUGUAUGUGUCUUGUUGGAUUUCAGUAGGCUAUCAGGUUUGACCUGGGAUAGGUGAUGGGGGUUGCUUCUAUUUCAUUAACUAUAGCACUGCUUGGAAGCAGAGAUUAAAAUAUAUAAAUAUAUUUUCUUAUUAUUUGAUAAAUUUAUCCAAAAAUGUAAAUGUAACUGUCCCCCAGAUAAUGAGAGCCUCACUUAAAAAGAAAGAAUCUGUAAACUUAAUAACUUUUGAUGCUCUGUAAAUUUCUCCAGAUAGCCUUUAACUUGCUGUUUCUUUUCCCUUUUUUAUACAUAUUACUGAGCUUCACUAGAUGAUUCAUAUAAGGAACUCAAGAGCAGUAAAUCCGGAUAUAUAAGGAUAUUUUUGGAUCUAUUCAUCUAUCUAUUAAAUGAAAAUAGUUUAUGGCCAAAUCAUGGUAUAUUACUCUUAUUCUAAAUACUGCAAUGAGGUGAUUGCUCCCUGUGUCAAAGGCUUACAAAAGAUCCCAAAUUCAUCCAGUAGAGGGCUCUCUACAACAGGACGACACCAUUGGUGACCCAUUACGCACAAUACAAUAUAAAUAGCCUCAAUAAAACAAAUAAAUAGAUAGUAUUGAUAAAAAAUGUAAUGGUUUUUUAAAAUGAAAAGUCAUGCGUACUACAAACACGAAACCCCAAAGAAAACAGCGAUGAGUAAAUACAAUUUUUAAUAUGUGAGUCAGAAAAUGACAACCACCGAUCCAUACAUUUUUAUUUUUCAUUUUUACGCCUAUAUCGUAAAAAUCCAACAAAAAAUAAAGAAAUAAACCUACACACAAAACUCACCACAUAACUGUAAGAAAUCAGCACUUCAAUUUCAUAGACCUGAAUAUUUAAAUGUAAAAAAAUACAAUCAAAAAUUGUUCCGAUCGUUAAUUAUUAAAUCAAUUUAAUAGAAGGUGCAAAAGCAGCAUUCUCACAAAAUCUUGAUCCCUCUCAGUAAGUACGGGGUUUAUUUACAGAAAGUACCUUCACACAGUAGUAUAUGGCAAAGAGACAGACAGGAAGCUCAAAAAGGAUGAAAAAAGAGAAACUUUCAAAGGUGGUCUAUGAAGAAAAAAAAAGAAAAAAGAGAGAGAGCAGGGGUCCAGGGGGAGAUUUGUAUGGCACCCUCUCUCCCUGGACCCACAGAGGUCCAGGUCUGCAGACGUCACUGGUCGAGAGGAUCUUUGUUUUCUCUCCACCUCUCGGUGGAGGAAGUUUCUCCACAGCCUGGGACGGGACGGUCUCCUCUGCCGCUCCUCUCUUUCCAUCUCUCGGCUUGUUGGCUCCUGCGCUCACUCUCCUGUAUGGUGGAUAUUCUGCUUAAUACUUCUUUCUUGGAUGAUAUGGGGGAUCAUUCCAAAAGUAAGUUCCUCACUCUUACAGCCUUCUCUUUUAUUGCCGUUUUCUUUACUCCACGGCAUGUCUUUUUAACCUGAUGGUUUAUCACUAUAGUGCAGUUUGGAUACUAUCAAAAACUAACAAAAAGCACUGUAACUAAUAAUCUCUAAUAUCUCCAAAAUAUCCUAAUUUAAACUUGAAAAUUAUCUGAGGUGACCUUUGACUAUCCUGAUCUCCUAAUUCCUCGAUAUUUCAGAGGAGGCCCAUCAAAGCUGUUUGUUGUGAUCUAGCAUUGAGUCUAAGGUGGGGGGUGAACUGAAGGGGGUUUAACAGGGAUGUCUUGGGGAUUAAAAGAGCGCGUGCAAUGUUGCAUUAUUGCAUUCCCCCUUUAUACUCAUGCAGAGAAGUCGGGAAUCGCAAUGUGUGUGGGCUGUGGAAGUCAGAUACACGACCAGUACAUCCUGAGAGUGUCCCCGGACCUGGAGUGGCAUGCAGCCUGCCUCAAGUGUGCAGAGUGCAGCCAGUAUCUGGACGAGACCUGCACGUGCUUCGUCCGAGACGGCAAGACUUACUGUAAAAGAGAUUAUACAAGGUAAAGGCUUUUAUUAUAACUCUUAGAGACUAUGUUUUGCAAAUGGAAUAUAAUGCAAUUAUAUUAUAUUAUAUUAUAUUAUAUUAUAUUAUAUUAUAUUAUAUUAUAUUAAAUAUUCUCUAUACCAUAUUCUCAAUAAAGGUGUGGAAUUCAGAUUCCUCAUGGUUUUCUUUUCACAUGACUCUCAGUAUUUCUGAGUAUGACACCACUGCACUCUCUCCGUCCUUAUUUACAGGCUAUUUGGCAUCAAAUGCGCCAAGUGUAACAUGGGCUUCUGCAGCAGCGACCUGGUGAUGAGAGCUCGGGACAGCGUGUAUCACAUGGAGUGUUUUCGGUGCUCGGUGUGCAGCCGACACCUCUUACCGGGGGACGAGUUUUCUCUGCAGGACGACGAUCUGCUGUGCCGGGCGGAUCACGGCUUGUUGUUGGAGCGGGCCUCCUCAGGGAGCCCGAUGAGCCCGGAGAACAUCCACAGCAGACCGCUUCACAUCUCCGGUACGAUAGAACACACGACUUGCACGACUAUAAACAAACUCAGAGGAGUUCUUCAAAAAUUUAUAAGACGACCAGCGUAUUUCUUUCCCUUCAAAACUUUUGAAAUGUGGGGUAAAUGUUAAAGAAGUUGACUGAAUAGUAUAGUAAUAGUAUUUUUUAGGAGGAAUGGCCCUGUAAGAUAACAAUGGUAGUCUAAAUACUUCCCUGUUAAAGUCGUCCUACAACUUGUCCUUAUGUGGUUUCUGACGUUUUAGGCCUGAAGUGUUUUUGCAGGAUUUUAACCCUUUAAUGCCUUUUGUAUCAUAUUUGAUACAUACUUUUACAUACUUCUAUCACUUAAAAAAAAACCACCUUAAUACAGUCUGAUAAAUUAUAAAAAUGUCCUCUUGUAGUUUAUCAGUUUCCAAGAACAUCUAAUGUAUCAAACGAGGUAAAUAAAUAUAUUUGUUGAAUUUUAAGGACGUUUUGGUUUUUUGGUUUUCAGUAGUAAGUAAAAUAAACAUUUCAGCUCCAUAAAAAUGUGGAAAUUUCUGGCGAUAAUUUGUGGUGUCAGGUAUUUAAGGGCUACAGAAUAACCCCAGCAGCCUAAAGUCUAUGUUUAUUGGCUACUUCCAAUGUUUUGAAAGAAGUUAAUCCAUCUGCCACAUGUUGCCUUUAUUACCAAUUUUAAAAAGCAUAAUAAAAUCAUUCAUUUUUUUAAAUCAAACUUAAUUUCUUUGUGUCUGUGAUCUCCUUAUUCUCUCCAGACCCGGUUUCGGUUCGACAUCCCCCUCAUCACAGGAACCACGUGCACAAGCAGUCAGAAAAGACGACCCGAAUCCGGACGGUGCUGAACGAGAAGCAGCUCCAUACCCUGCGGACAUGUUAUAACGCGAACCCGCGGCCGGACGCUCUCAUGAAGGAGCAGCUGGUGGAGAUGACCGGCCUGAGCCCCCGGGUGAUCCGGGUCUGGUUCCAAAACAAGCGCUGCAAAGACAAGAAGAAGUCCAUCCUGAUGAAGCAGCUGCAACAGCAGCAACACAGCGACAAAACGGUGAGAGAAUUACAGUAUUACUCUGUGAAAAUGAAACCGAUUAGGCCUGAAGAUGCCACACUCAAAACCAGUCGUUUCAGGUUGCAGAAGUUUAGUUUAAACCUGCUUAAAGUGGAUAAAAAUAUAGCCGGUUGUAUAGCAGUUAACUACUAGGCUUUACUGUUUAUUUGCCUUAAAACUCGACAGCAAUAUAACGAUCAGGAUAUGUGCACUUGUGUUCAGCAGAAUUAAGAAAAUAGUGAUCCUUUAUGUUGGCAUUAUUUUAUAUGAGAUAGCCAUGACAAUUUUGAAGGCUUUUGUUAUUACACUGGCACAACAUAGACUGAAAAAAAUACCAAGUUAAAAUGUUUCUUGAAAAGUUCUUAUAAAUAUUGUCUUAUUUUUCAUUGACGUUUCUCCUGUUUCUGCAAAAUAUGUCUAUUCAUUAGAUUUAUAUUACAGGCAGUUUUAUACAUUUUUGCUAUUCCUGAAGAGAAAAAUAAACAAUGUUCAGAGCAGUACGUUCCUAUACAAAACUGGAUUAGAUUUAGGCUAAAAUAUGUUUUUUGUGCAUUUUUUUUUUUACCAAUUAGUCAUAUGGAUUUUCCCUGUUGUCUACUAUUCCCUUACGAUAACCCAUGCCUCUCUUGCAUGUGUCUUUAUUAAGAGACAACAUCUGUCUUCUCCCCUGCAGCAACUCCAUUCUGUGUCCAUUCUGCAGAUUAGGUUAUGGCUAUUUGGAUGAGCUUGACUGUUUUUCUCUCUUCCUGCAGAAUCUGCAAGGCCUGACAGGCACAGCUCUUGUAGCAGGGAGUCCCAUCAGACACGACAACACGGUGCAAGGGAAUCCUGUGGAGGUGCAGACCUACCAGCCUCCGUGGAAAAGCCUCAGUGACUUCGCCUUGCAAAGCGACCUGGACCAACCCGCCUUCCAGCAACUGGUGUGGAUAAAAUUCAUUCUCAAUAAUAAUAAUAAUAAUAAUAAUAAUAAUAAUAAUAAUAAUAAUAAUAAUAAAAGACGAUAUUCCCCAAUGGAAGACAAAAGGGUGAAAAAAGAGACGUUUUUGUUCAAGGCUCAUUGAUACUAUCUCAAGGCUCGUGGGCUAAUGUAUGUGCAAUUCAUUAAAAAAACAGUACUCUGUAAGUACGAAAUUAUUUAUUAAAACCUCAAAAUUGCACCAUAGCCUGAAUUCUAUCAUUUAAGAAUAUUUAAGUGCAAACGAGCUUCUGCCUUUCCCCAAACUAUUUCUCUAUCUCGUGCAGGCCCCCAUGCACAUGAAGGAAUUUGAUGUGAGUCAAGUACGAUUUUAAACCCUUAAUAUUGAUAGGCUAUGUUUAUGUUUGUUUUAGCUUAUACACUCGGUGUGGGAGAAAAAAUCAUUCACAAGUAUCGCGAUUUUUUGUUUUACAAUUUUUAAAUCAAUUUUUAUGUUCAAAACUCGAUAUUUUUUUCAAAUUUAAAAGUAAAUCUUAAAAACUGACUUACAUGUGAUGUGGAUUUUUUGGGGAAAUAUGGUUCCUGGAAUAGUCAGUAGACAACCAUAAUCAUUCAACCGUUUCAUUUGUUUUAAAAAUGCAGACUAGAUAUCGAGAAAAUCGACAAUAUCGUAGAAUCGCAAUUUAAAAUCGUAGAAGAAUCGAAUCGGGAGAAAAGCAUAUGUCCCGGCUCUACUAUACACGUCCCUAAUUAUCUAAGAAAAUGCAAAAUUGGUGAAUAAAACAUUAUCUUUUCAAGAGUCAAUAUUGUUGUAGUUGCGGCAUGGACAUACAGUAUGUUAGCACAUUCUCAUUGGGGUUUCCUCAGACACUAACAGGGACACAAACAUUUAAAAACACAACAUUAAUGUGUACUAAAAAUCAUGUGUUGUAGAUCUGAGUGCGUGUGUUUGUCCCGGCAGGUGUCUUUCUCUGAGUCAGGCUCUUUGGGUAACUCUUCGGGCAGUGAUGUUACCUCUCUGUCAUCGCAGUUGCCGGACACACCUAACAGCAUGGUGCCAAGUCCCGUGGACACGUGAGGAGAGGUCUUGAGGUCAGGUUGAGAGCCCCUGGAGCUCGCGCCUGCGUCUUCCACGUCAGGGUCGCGCGGAGACCUCAGAGACAUUCAAUCAAGAAAAUCGAGAAACGGAGCUGAAUGGAUUUAUGCUUGAGGAGACGUUCACGGUCCAACUGCAGGAUAGGAGAUGUGACGGUUGCCCUCAUAUCUCAGCAUUUAAUCUCUUUUCUUCACGCUCAAGGACAACCCGACUGGACACACAGCUGAUGAUGGACAUACGGGCUUCUACCUUGUCUUUCACCACGAUGCCAUACCUGAACUGGCCAUUACCUGGUUAACAUGGGAUUCAUUCACACACGUGAGCCUAUGUUAGACUUUAAGCCUUCUCCAGGCUGUAGACCUUCUGACUCAGUAUUUAACAGUGUAAACAUGCAUGAUUUGUAAGUUUCAGUAUCAACUCUUGUGAAUGGAUGAAACAGAUGAGACGCGCUUGGUUCGCCGUUUUCCUCAGAAAAUAAGUUAUUAUUAUUAUUUAUUUUAAGGGC